UGGGCACACUGAAGCUGCGCUCGCGGCGCGCCAUGGCCGGGCUGCUGCCACUGCUUGGCCCCGCGGGAAGAGUGGGUGCCCGGCUGCGGCCCUCCGCCCCUUGGCUCCUGGGAACUGCUACCUCCUGUGCUCCACCUCUCUGGGCCUUGGCCUUGUCCCGCCCGGGUCCGGACACCCGGCUGCUGCGCACGGCCCGCGGGGACUGUCUCAGCCGCCAGGAGCCCAACAGAACCACUGAGCCAAGAAGCAGUGGUGACACCGGCACAGAGAAAAAGCUAAGCAAAUCGCAGCAGCUGAAGAAGGUUUUCCAAGAAUACGGGGCUGUGGGUGUGUCGGUGCACGUUGGGAUCUCACUGGUCUCCUUGGGGAUAUUUUACACAGUUGUUUCCAGUGGCAUAGACAUGUCUGCAAUCCUGAUUAAGCUUGGCUUUAAAGAGUCACUGGUACAAUCCAAAAUGGCAGCCGGCACCAGCACGUUCGUGGUGGCCUAUGCCAUCCACAAGCUGUUCGCACCCGUGAGGAUCAGCGUCACCUUGGUCUCUGUGCCCUUCAUCGUCAGAUACUUCCGAAGUGUUGGCCUCUUUAAACCUCCAGCCGCCAAGCCUUGACACCAGUCUCUUCUGAUCUGUAGGCUUUGGAUUGUUUGCAAGCACUUGCUUUGGGGAGAGCAGGCCAAGAACUUCUCAUGUGCUUCAUCGACUCCAGAGCGUCUUCGAGGCUGGACGGGAUGAGGCUGGAUGUCUGAAAUUUUACUGAUACUGGGCAGCGUUGUUUGUAAAAUACAGAAACCCUGCCCAAUUGUAAUGUCAUCACUGGGCUCCUGACGCCCCUAUUCUGGGGACCUCAAAAGCUAAAAUCAUCCUGGCUUUCUUAGACAAUCCACUUAGCUCUCUGAAACUUGAGACAUUCCAGACCUGAUAUGUUUACAAUGUACCAAUGAAGUUUUUUAAUUGAAUUAAUCAGAUGCAUAAAA